CAAUAGGUUGUUGAACUGGAAGCAGAGACUUGGACUGGACCAUGGCCACCAAGGAAGUUAACAGAGCACAGGUGGUUCGAACCAUGAAGGUGCGUACUUCCCUCAAGGGAGACGGCAGCUGGAUCCGUAGAGCGACAGACCCCGAUGAAGAGGAGGAGGGAAAACCACGUAAGCCAGAACUUCCAAAGAAACCCGCUGGUCUCUCUUCAGCUGAAUCCAGCCCUGUUACCUCUCCUGCUCCAUGCAACCCCUACAGUCCUACAGUGACACCAGAUGUUAACCCACUGACCCCUGAGGAAAUCGCCAAAUGGUCAUUGACACCUACCAGGGUCAGGCCCCUGGCAAAGUCCUAUGUGCUUUCAGCAGCUAAGAAAUUUGAAUCUCUGGAUUCCCCAACGAGCCCCCCACCAUUCAAAAUCAGCCAGUCACAUUUCCCUAUAAGUGAUAUAAAUGGUGAAAUUGCACCCACUCCAACUGAUGUUGCAGCUGUGAUCCCUGUUGAGACUCCUGCUCCAGAGGUACCAACUGAGACUAAUAGGCCUGAGGAGCUGUCAGAAGCUGUGGAGGAGUCAGUGGAUCCACCAACAGCAGAAUUAGAAGACAAAUCUCUUGAGAAACCUUUGGAACAACCUGCGAUGGAGGAAUCUGUGGAUGAACCAGCAGCUGGAAAAUCUUUGGAUGCACCUGCUGACCAACCAGAGACAGCAGAGCCCUCUGAGCCAACAACUGAGGAACCUGAAUUUGUGGAAGAAGCUGUUGGAGAACUCAUUGCAGAACUCACUGCAGAACCCACUGUGGAACCCACAGUGGAACCAGCAAGUGGAGUUCAAUCAGAAGAGGCUGUUGUAGAAUCAGUCUUAGAACCUGUAGCGAAACCUGUUGACAGUGUUUCUGAAGAACCUGCAGUUAGGCCAGCGGCUGUGGCUGCAGUUGAACGUGUAGUUAAGCCUGUGGCUGCAGUUGAACCUGUAGUUGAGCCUCUGUCUGCAGUUAAACCUGUAGUUGAGCCUGUGGCUGCAGUUAAACUUGUACUUAAACCUGUGGCUGCAGUUAAACCUGUAGUUGAGCCUGUGGCUGCAGUUAAACCUGUAGUUGAGCCUGUGGCUGCAGUUAAACCUGUAGUUGAGCCUGUGGCUGCAGUUAAACCUGUAGUUGAGCCUGUGGCUGCAGUUAAACCUGUAGUUGAGCCUGUGGCUGCAGUUAAACCUGUAGUUGAGCCUGUGGCUGCAGUUAAACCCGUAGUUGAGCCUGUGGCUGCAGUUAAACCCGUAGUUGAGCCUGUGGCUGCAGUUAAACCUGUAGUUGAGCCUGUGGCUGCAGUUAAACCUGUAGUUGAGCCUGUGGCUGCAGUUAAACCCGUAGUUGAGCCUGUGGCUGCAGUUAAACCUGUAGUUGAGCCUGUGGCUACAGUUGAACUUGUAGCUAAAGCUGUGGCUGCAGUUGAACCUGUAGUAGAGCCUGUGGCUGCAGUUAAACCUGUAGUUGAGCCUGUGGCUGCAGUUAAACCUGUUGUUGAGCCUGUGGCUGCAGUUAAACCUGUAGUUGAGCCUGUGGCUGCAGUUAAACCUGUUGUUGAGCCUGUGGCUGCAGUUAAACCUGUAGUUGAGCCUGUGGCUGCAGUUAAACCUGUAGUUGAGCCUGUGGCUGCAGUUAAACCUGUAGUUGAGCCUGUGGAUGCAGUUAAACCCGUAGUUGAGCCUGUGGCUGCAGUUAAACCCGUAGUUGAGCCUGUGGCUGCAGUUAAACCUGUAGUUGAGCCUGUGACUACAGUUGAACUUGUAGCUGAAGCUGUGGCUGCAGUUGAACCUGUAGUAGAGCCUGUGGCUGAGGCUAAGCCUGUGGCUGAGGCUGUAGUUGAACUCGUAGUGGAAUCGGCCGUCAAGCUUGCUGUUGAGCCUAUAGUUGAGCCUGCUGUUGAAGCUGUUGUUAAAUCAUCUAUUGAGCCUGAUGUUGUGCCUGUUGUCGAGGUUGUGAAGGAGUCAACACCUGAACCCAUCAUUGAAGCUGAAGUUGAACCUGUGGCUGAAGCAGCUGUUGAAGUUGUUCAGGAAUCAUCAGCUGCUAUUGAACUUAAGAAGGCAUUAGACGUGGAGCCUGUGGAGCAACCUGCUGCUGAAGUUGUGGCAGAUGAUAAUGUAAUAGCACCUGCAUCAAAACCUACACCAUCCGCCUGUGGGGGUCAAUGUCCAUCACUCAUUCAGCAACAGGAGGAUGCUGAACAACAGCAUCAGAUAGUCCAUGAAUUUCGUCACACCAAGGAUGGCAAAGCCAUUUGUUCAUACUGUGACAAGUCAAUUGAUGGAAAUAUCAAGAUCACAAUCAAUUACCCACAAAUCUACAGCCACCCAGACUGUUUUAAGUGCGGGUUGUGCAGUAAGGCCUUGGGGGACAUGACGACCGCCAUGUUCGUGCAUGGGAGAGUGAUCCACUGUGAUGGCUGCUUUACUAAAGCCAUGUAGGCCCCAGGGCUUCUCAUCACCUUGACAGAGAGGGCACAGCAGUGUCAUCCCUGGAACAUCCCUGUCACCAAAACAACCAUUUUGACAGAUUACUUGUUAACAUUGUUAGAAUAGUUUUUUGUAAGAUGUGUUAAAUUUCCAGAGUUAUCAUCAGUUCUCCUUCCCUGACACUGAAUGUCAUUUUUUGUGAAUAUAGGACUUUUUUCUGUAAACAAAUAAUUUGUUUUUCACCAUUUACUUGUUUUCACCAUGCGGAGGGCAUGUAUAUCUGUAAUGAGACAACAUAUCUAAAUGAUUUAUGAUAGUUUCCAUUAUUUAUGUCAACAUAACUGUGAAUUAUCUUCUAAUAUCAUUUGACUUGUUGUUUGUUGUUGUGCAUUAUAUUGCCCAUGUGGACAACCUCACUGGAAAUGUUGUUGUACCAUUUGACAUUUGUAUGACAAUGAAAUGAAAUGAAGCACACUAUCUUAAUACCUUGAGUUCAAAGGCUUUGAUACAUUUUAAUGGCUAAUCAAUUCAACACAGCAUUAUAUACACACCCAAUUCAGUAAAUAGCAUAGCAGGCCACUCACCAGACAAAAAUCACCUGGAAAUCAAACACUACAGUUUAAAAGCAGAGAGCAUUAAUAAAUAUGGAGAAUGAAAACGGAGUAUCAUAUUUAGCUUACACCUUUAGCACCUCCAUAGAAUUGGGUUUCCUUGCACCCCACACACAGUAAUCAGUCAAAAGGACAAAAAUAGGUACUACAUCAAGAGUGAGUGCAAAAAAGCUGCCUUAAGUGCUUUGACACACUUAGACAAGAGAGACUCUCACAUUACACUCCCACAUUUCACUUGAGCGUUGUAGAGAACUUUGGCACAUUCCGCUGUUUGCUCUAGUUACAGUAAUGGACAGCUCAUUUACCAACACAA